AUGAAGUCCUAUUGGGUCAUUCUUUUGUUUACCUGUUUUGGUAGAGACUUGGCUGCUCGCAACUGCCUGGUGGGUGAUCAACACACCAUCAAAGUGGCUGACUUCGGUUUGGCGCGUUACAUGCAACUCCACGAGGACACUUACACUGCCCGCAAUGGCGCCAAAUUCCCCAUCAAAUGGACUGCUCCCGAAGGCCUUGCGUAUUUCAGAUUCUCUUCCAAGUCAGAUGUUUGGGCUUUUGGGGUUGUUCUCUGGGAGUUGGCAACCUACGGUCUUUCACCAUACCCCGGUGUUGAGUUGCACGGUGUCUAUCAGCUACUGGAGAAGGGUUAUCGAAUGCAGCGGCCGCACGGCUGUCCUGAAUCGGUCUACAGUAUUAUGCUUCGAUGCUGGUCUUGGGAGGCAGCUGAUCGCCCAACAUUUGCUGAGAUCAAAGCGGAAUUGGAGGAAAUGUGGCGCACUAUUGAUAUGGCAGAAGGUGAGUUCAUUUCACUAGUCUAUUCUUCAUCAAAAUGA